AUGGAAGAAUUCCCUCGCGAGUCCUUUCAUCAAAUCGUCUCCCAGGAUCCCGAGGUUUUCCAUCGCCUGUCGGCGGAUGGGUACUAUGACUGCGCCCAGAUGAUCUCGGAAGCCGUCCGGCAAGGCGCGAGCCCCUGGGCCAUCUCGUUCGGCCGUGGGAAAGAGAUUCCCGCUGACGUUCUGCACGACCUGGGCUGCAUCAUGCGUCACAACCCCGGCACGCGGGGCGCCGUCUGGAGCAUGGUCAUGUGGGCAUCCGCCUCGGAGUUGGGAUACGUCCCGUCCACCAUAUCACUGGCCCGGAACCUCAUCAUGUCCGACUUGUACUUGGCCAUAGCGCAGAUGGGCAAAGCCGAGGCUCGUUUCCGGCAGCUGGUGGCCAGGGGCAAGGACCCCAACGCUCUGAUGGUCGAGGGUCAGUGGCUCUUCAAGCAGGGCCGCUUCGAAGCCGCGGUGGCCAUGCUCCAACGAGCGCUCAAGGCGGGGUCAUCGGGCUUCGAGUGGAAGUGGACCUGCCUGCUCUGGCUUGGCAGAGCAUUCUUGAAGCUGGGGCGGACAGAGAAGGCGACUGAGGUGUUUGAGCCCUUGGCCGAGUUCGGCUACGUCGAUGCCAAUGUCGAGCUGGCCAAGCUGCUGAGGACGACUGACCCAGAUCGGGCCCAGCAGCACAUGUACAUUGCGGGUUGUAGAGGCUCGACUGAAAUGUUCACCUUCUUGUCCGAGAUGGCUCUCGAGGCGGCUCUCGCGACGCAGGCUACCGACACACGAAGCAGCAAAGAAAGCCGUCGGUGGGCAGUUGAGUGGUCUCGGUUGGCCAAUUGGCGGGCCGACUACUGA